UCCUGUCGCACGGAAGAUGUGCGGGUUUGGGGAAGUUGUUGGGGGGAGCAGUGAUUUCCAUGUCAACAGCAGCUCCUCUUUUGGAAUUAAACUCAUUACAGAAAAGACAGAGAAACAAAGGUUUGAAGCACACAUGUACCUAUUACAUCAACGGUGAUGCCUGCUGACAUUCGCGUACAUUUACAACCAAUCCUGUGUAACUGUCGGGUUUGCAAGUGUCCUAUUGAAAUGCCUAUGGUUGUCAUAAAAUCUAAAUAGUUGUACUGACACAGCAGAAAUAUGAGUUAAUGGUCAUGCAUUUUGUCAAGUCGUUGUUACAAGACGGUCGUCCAGACUAACAGCAGCAACGCCUAGGUUGUAUAACAGGUAGCCUAUGCAAAUCUUCCUGUAUAAAAACGGCUUCACGCGUUCUGAUCUAACUUGAAGUCAAGUUCAAUUCGUUCGGUUUUUCUUUCGGGAUUCUUUCUCGUAAAACUGGAGGUCAACAGACCGCGUUCUGCACACAUUCGGCACCAGCCGCAUUCGAAAGCCCACGUGAGACGGAACCCUGAUACCAGCUGGUUCUCCUGACGGCAGAGAUGGACUUAACUCUGACGUAGCACGACGAGAAAACAGGAGACAGGAAACAUCUCGCUGUCUUAAACACAUCUCUCCGCCCCCCUCUCCAGACAGGGCUCUCCUGUCCUGGAUCCUCCCCCAGGAUGAUGGAGCCUCUGGCGGAUCGGCCGCUGCUGGGGGCCCCCUCCUGCCGGGAGCUCCUCAGAGCCUGCUGCUCCUACAGUAGCCUCAGCGCCUGGCUGCCCUUGCUGACCUGGCUGCCCAGGUACAGGCUGAGAUGGCUACAGAUGGACCUGAUCGCAGGCCUCACCGUGGGGCUGACCACCGUACCACAGGCCCUGGCUUACGCCGAGGUGGCCGGCCUACCUGUCCAGUUCGGCCUGUACUCUGCCUUCAUGGGGGGCUUCAUCUACACGGUGCUGGGGACCUCCAAGGAUGUGACCCUGGGACCCACGGCCAUCAUGUCCCUGCUGUGUGCCCCGCUGGUGGGGGGCAGGCCUUGCCGGGCCGUGCUGCUCAGCCUGCUCUGUGGAGCCAUCCAGACCUCCAUGAGCCUGCUCAGACUGGGGUUUCUGUUGGACUUCAUCUCCUUCCCCGUCAUCAAAGGCUUCACCUGUGCUGCCGCGGUAACCAUCGGCUUCGGACAGAUCAAGAAUCUCCUGGGUCUGAAGGAUGUUCCACAGCAGUUCUUCCUGCAGGUGUACUACACUUUCCACAAGAUCCCAGAGGCCAGGACAGGAGAUGUGGUUCUGGGCCUGCUGUGUCUCCUCCUGCUGGUCCUGCUCACCUGGAUGAAGAACACCCUGGGCCCGCCCCCAGAGGACGGAGGCCCCGCCCACGUCAGGGUCGCCCGCUGCCUGGUCUGGGGCGUCGCCACUGUGCGAAACGCGCUGGUGGUGGUGGCGGCGUCCUGUGUAGCGUUCUCCUGGGACGCCUACGGCCUGCACGUCUUCACCAUCACCGGGAAGACCUCCCACGGGCUCCCGCCCUUCCGGCCGCCGCCCACCUCCGAGACCACGCCCAACGGAACCCUCGUGCCCUUCUGGAACAUCGUAGAGGAUUUCGGAGGGGGGCUGGCUGUCAUCCCUUUCAUGGGUGUGCUGGAAAGCAUCGCCAUCGCCAAGGCCUUCGCCAGUCAGAAUGAUUAUAGGAUCAAUGCCAACCAGGAGCUGUUUGCCAUUGGUCUGACCAACAUCAUGGGAUCCUUUGUGUCUGCCUACCCAGUCACUGGCAGCUUCGGCAGAACUGCAGUGAACUCUCAGACCGGUGUGUGUACUCCAGCAGGAGGGAUAGUCACCAGUGUGGUGGUGCUCCUCUCCCUGGCCUUCCUCAUGCCGGUGUUCUACUACAUCCCCAAGGCCUCCCUGGCGGCCGUCAUCAUCUGUGCCGUGGCCCCCAUGGUGGACUACCGCACCGCAGGCCGGCUCUGGAGGACACGGAAGCUGGACCUGCUCCCGUUCACCGUGACAUUCCUGAUGAGUUUCUGGGAGGUGCAGUACGGCAUUCUGGGAGGAGUGGGCGUGUCCGGAGUCCUGCUGCUCUACAACACAGCCCGUCCCAGACUGAAGGUGUCAGAUCAUGGUGUGUUGGUGGUAGAGAUAGGGAGUGGCCUCAGUUUCCCUGCUGCAGAAUACCUCAGUGGAGUCAUACACACUCAGGCCUUACAGGCCUCCCCCCCCAGGUCUGUAGUCCUGGACUGCCAGCAUGUCAGCACGCUGGACUACACCGUGGUCAACGAGCUGAGGGACCUGCUGGCCCAGUUCACCCUGAGAGGAGUGGGCCUGGUCUGCUCUGGUCUGCAGUCCUCUGUUCUGGAGAUUCUGUCGGCAGCGGACCUGCCGGGACUCAGAUUCGCCGACAGCGUGGAGGCGGCCCUUCAGAGCCUAUCGGGUAAUCCGAUCACUGACUGACACUACUAUUAGCCAAUCACGGACAAUAAUUUUUUUUGUGUGUGACUUGCCACUCAGCCAAUCAACGAGGGGAGAAUGUCAGUAAAGAAGUCAUUGACGAACUGAUGGUGGGAGUGGCAGUGAGUGACUUGGAGGUUGGCCAAUCAGCAGAGCUCAACAGUGAUAGCAGCCGGUUGAUUGGCUGUGCAGCCGUUUAUAGACUCAAUCACAAAGGGAUCUUUUUUUUCCACCAAUCAGGGGACACUAAACUAAUAAGUGAAUAAUUAGUGAUGGUUUUUUUUUUACUUGUUAGGGUUAGAUCAGAGCAAAACAGUUGUUGGGAUGUGAUCUUCGACUGUAGACGUCAUUCAUUUGUUAUAAGAAUCAAUUGCUUGCAAAACAACAACAAAAAUUAACUAAUAAUGACAAACAAUAAUAAAAAAUAAAAAAAUGACACUAAGACCAAACUGAAUUAUUCAUGCUCACGGAAGCACAACACAGUCAAGAGAUUUGACUUUUAUAAUAACGUGUUUUUAAUGUGUCUAGUGUUGUGCUGUCUCGAAGAGUACAAUUCUCAAUUUCAGUCGAAAUUGAAAGGUUCUGCUUUAUAGUGUUUUGAUUCCAGCUAGUGGCGAGUUUGGGUACUACAUUAUUCAAACAGAUUUUAUUUAAUUAUUCAAGAGUUUUAACACAAAAAAAAAACGUUGAUGUUUCGAGAACAUUUGGUGAACAUUCCAAAAGAGGCUGAUGAUUUGAAAUGCCUGUUCAUUUAUAAC